CUGCGUACAGAGGGAGCCACAAUAGCUCACAACUGUCAACACAGAGAAUGUCGUAUUGGUUCCAUCGAAAUCCCUUAAAAGCAACUGCAAACCUUACGUUUGAGUUAAGGGGUGUUUCGACUGAUGAAAAAACAAGAAGAAUAUUUAAUGAAUUAAGACAAACAAGGAACAAAUUACUAGAGCUUCUACCUGAUCCAAACCAUGAUAAAAGUUCUAUUGACAAAGCAACAACAGAUUACUUCUCUCUGCUGUUGGGACUUAUACAACCCUUUGAUGAGGGAGAAAAUAAACUAAGAAAAGCUUUGAAAUUUAAAUGGACUAACAGUCUUCUUGGAAAUGUUACUCAAGAACAGUGGGACACAGCAUUUGAGGCUGCACAUAUGGCCAUUAAUGUUGCUUUAUGGUAUACAAAACAUGCUGCUAAAUUAGCUGCAAAAGAAACACCAGACAUGGAAGAAGCUAAAGAAGUCCACACCUGUCUACGUGUAGCUGCUGGUAUAUUUACAUAUGCCAAGGAUGAGUUAGUUGGUAAACUUGCUGGUAACAGUACUGAUAAUGCUGUGGAUACUGAAGGUCGUAUUAUGGAAGCCUAUAUAAACCAGUGUACUGCUGAAGCACAAGAAGUAACAAUAGCAAGGGCUAUAGAACUAAAACACCAGCCAAGUUUAAUAGCUGCUCUUGCUUAUGAGACUGCACAGAUGUACCAAAGAGCAGAUGACGCCCUGAACAGUUUAGACGAAAAGAUUGUGGGAAAGUGGAGAAAAUAUUUUCAACUAAAAUCAGCCUUUUAUACCUCUACAGCUUACAGUUAUAAUGGAGAAGCACUAUUAGCUGAAGAUAAAUGUGGGGAGGCAAUAAGAGGCCUUCAAGAGGGAUUGAAAUUAUAUCAGAAAGCAGAACAAUUAUGUAAGGAGUACGCAUCAGCAAAAGGGCUAGGAACAUUUGCCAGGCCCAUGAAUCAUUUUUUCUUUAGAAAGUUUGGACCAAUCUUAAAACGAACCUUAGAAAAGUGUGAAAGAGAAAAUGGCAUGAUAUACCAUCACAAAGUACCAUAUGAUCCACCACAGUUAGAAUUGAAAGCCACGUAUGGUUUAGUGUCCCCUGAGGAAUUUAAAAGCAUUGCCCUUAGUCCUUUAUGGACAAAAGAUGUGUAUGAAAAAAUGGAUGCUAAGAUGGCUCCCAAAGAAGAAAAUGAGAAAAAAGCAGAUAAAGAUAAGGACAAAAAGGAAUUACCACCAGUGAAGGAGAAGGAAACACCAAUGUCUGACAAAGAUCCUGGAACAUUUAGUGGAUGUUCGAUAUCAUAAAACAUUUUAUUGUUCAUUAAGUUGUUAAAGUCUUUUGAAUAUAUACUAUUUAGGCAACUAGCGAUGAACAAAAUUGAACAUGCCCUAGAAUUUACAAUCUGUUGUAGAUUAUUCAAUAUUGAACACAUAUAUUUUAUCUUUGAAUUAAUCACUCUUAUAAGAAUUAAUGUUAUGAUAUUUGAAGUAUUGCUAUUGUAUUGCACUUACUGAAGAACCCUUGAUAUUGAAUUAAAAAGUUUCUCAAGUCUAUUCUUAUAUACAGUCGAACCUCGUGUCGAACUCAGUUGUGUCGAAAACUCGGAUGAGUCGAAGUUAUUUCUCGGUCCCUGUAAAAUUCCCGUUUGAUUAAUGCAUAAUUACCUCUGAUGAGUCGAACUCCGUUGAUUCGAAUACUCGGUUCAGUCGAGUAAAUUUUAUAGUCCUGUUGAUGUAAAAUUAAUGUAAAUUGACCCCGAUGUCUCGAAGUUCAAAAGUAAGAAUUUUUGAAAAAUGGAGACCUUAUGAUAAAAAUUCAAAUCGAUAGUAUUUCUUAUGUUAUCUAAUCAUUUUCAAAAGAGAUUUAAGCUGAGUAUACAUACUUCUUUGUAUAACAGUUAAAAUGACAUGUUUAUGGUGACCGGUAAUUAACACCUUUGUUGAUCGUUCAAGCAGAACGUUAGUGUUGAACAUAUUUCAACGAAACGAAUUUAAAUGACCCAAGCCGAGAUUAAAUGAAUCGUUAGAAUUAAAACUCAUUAAUUACUAUAAAUAAAAGGAUUAAGACAAUUACAAUAAAUUCAUAAUAAUUUAAUGUAAAGGAGACGACCUCAUCAGAGACCGUUUAGAAUUUGUUUCAUUCCUGGAGUGAUUUCAUAAUUUAUAGUGACUGACCUUUUUAUUAAAUAUUUGUGUCGACUAUUGAUUUUAUUUGUUCAUAAUUUGUAUCUGUACCUGCGUGUUUGAUUAUGAAGGACACAAACUACGGAGAUUGAAUACACAAUCAUAAAGAGUCAUAUCCAAAAAAAACAUACUGUUCAAAGUAUCUAGUUUACACAAAUCUCAAACCAUAUUUCAUGCAUUCCAAAUUUAUGACGACACACUCUACCUCAGAUGAGUCUAAUACUUUGGUCCGGUCCCUUCCACUUCGACACAACGAGGUUCGACUGUAUCUCCAAAAUUUCAAAACUGUAAGAAUUAAUUAUAAUGAAGGUUAAUAAGAUUUGACAGGAAGAUAUAGGAUGUGAAAAGGCCAAGACAAGACCUUUGAUUUACUAAAGAAGGAAAUUCAUUAAAGUUAUAAUUACCUUUGAUAAAAGAAAGCAACAUUGUUGUAUAAUCUAUGAAUCAGUCUAAAUAAUAAGUGCUAAAGAAAUUGGCAAGCGACUAUUUUCACAAAAAAUCUUUUUGUUUAAAAUUUAUUGUAAGUUAUAUCAAAUUGUUCAUGACUUACCUGUGUUUUGCUUUAUUUUGGGGCAUUCAGUAAUAUUUUACAUGUAUGUAUUCUAAAAUUAGAUUAUAUGAAGAAAGGGGUAAUAUUUAGCUGGUCUAAAACUUUUUUUGUAUACUGUAUACUAGCAUAAUUUUUUGGUAAGUGAAUUUGACUUGGUCUGUAUUUUAAACCAUGAUUAUAUGGCUAUGCUUUGACAUAAAGGAAUAAGAUAAUUAUACCAUUCAUUUGUUUAUCUUUGUCAUAUGUCAAACUGUCAAUUGUUAUUCAUUUCUUAGGUAAAAAAUUUGUUAAUUCCCCCCUCCACAAUGGUUUGUAUCUCUUGCUAUUAUAGGAAGUUUUGUUAUCACGAGUCAUAGCAACACAUUAUUUUCCUAAUAAUUGUUUUAAGAGAAAAUAAACCUUAAGUAUAAUGUUCAUAAUUUAUAUAAGCACUGUAAAUAAAUUAUAAAGAAAAGUGGAGCACAUUAUUGAAAUAAUUUUUAGAGGAUAACUUUAACAUUGUUACUUCUGUUUGUUACUGUCUUGUUUGUUGGAGGAUAUUUAGAACAUUUGUAAAUAUGUAUAUGUAUAUAAGUAUUACUGUGUAAAUUAUAUUCCUGAGAUAGAAUUUCAAAAUUAUAUUUACUAUGUGUUAUUUAUUAUGUCUGCAACAAUUAUAUGUAUAGCAUAACAAAAAUUGCCAUAGAAAGUGAUUUCUUAAUGUUAAAAAGUCAACUGUAUAUUGUCUUAAACCCACAACAUAUGUUGUUGUCAGUAGCUUGCAUUUCAUAAUAAAUAUUUGGCAAAAAUUAUCAUUCUAUGCACCUAAACAAUUGACCUAUUACAAAUUACAUGUUUUUUCAAGAAUACUUUUAUUCUCUUCCAAAUGAAAUUACGCUGUUAUGCAAUAAGUACUCUUUACUUACAAUUUUUUGCUAUAUAUUUCAUAUAAAUUAAACUAUGUAUUUUUAAAAUGGUAUUGCGAAAUUACUUAUUGUUGGAGUUUAAUGAACUUGGUAUCAAUGUCAGCAGAAUUGUCACAGGUUUAUUUGUUGAUUACAUUUUUUAGAAGGGUUCUCAUUUAAUGAUAUUAUAAACAUAAGUUUUAUUAGGGCCCCGCCGAAUGGCGGGUCGCCCUAUAGUGAUCUGUCUGUCCAUCCGUAACAAAUUGUGUCCGCUCUAUAUCUAGAGAACCGUUAUGAUUUCAUACUUAAUACUUGACAUGUAUAUUAACCAACACCAUAAUGUUUGUACAACUUCCUAGGUCAAAGGUCAAGGUCAAAAACUUUGGUUUCAGUUACAACCCCAUGUCCUAUGGUAAAGAUCGUGUCCUUUCUAUAUCUUGAGAACCUUUAUGAUUUCAAAGUUUAUACUUGACAUGUAUAUUAACCAACACCAGAAGGUGUGUCAUAAUGAAUGUACAACUUCCUAGGUCAAAGGUCAAGGUCAAAAACUUUGGUUUCAGAUGACAACCCCAUGUCCAAUGGUAAAGAUACAAAUUUUUAGCACACAUUAUUCACAGCGGGGCCCACAUAGAUGGUUCUUAUCUCAAUGAUGUCUAGUUUUUGUCCUGAAAAUUGGCUAUAUAUUCAAACCAAAUAAAAUUGUAAAAAAAGUAUUAUACAUGUUCAUACCAGAUGACAAUAAUAACCAAAUAUACUUCAGACAAAACUGUUUUGAUUUAUUUAUGUUUUGCUGUCAAGAUACAUAUUCAGGUGUCAGUACAUGUAUACUGUAUUGUAAGAAAAAAAUAAUCCACACACUGUACACUAAUCAUUCACUGAUGAUUUAAUGUAGCAUUCAUUUUUCCAGGAACAAAUAAAAUGUUUUUAGGAAAUGUUA